AUGAACACAGACCUCAGCCUCUCGCUCCGGGACCUCAACCACAACCGCAACGCCAGCACCGGCCCCAAACAUCCCAAAACGGACGACGACGACAACAGCCUCAUCGCCCAGCUCCUGCACAUCCAGGACCAAUACCCUCUCCACAACCUCAAGUCCCUCGCCUGGAUCACCCACCUCCAAUGCCUCACAACCGAAGACCCCUUUGCGCGCAAGCGCAAACACUCUGACCUCACAACAUCCUCCACCCACAAAACCCUCACCCGCACCACCGUCAACGGCCGCACCGGCGACUAUAUCGCCAUCUCCUACCCCUGGACCGCCAGCACCCAGCCCGGCACCCUCGACAGCCCCGCCACCACCGGCGCCUGGCGCAUCCGCGGCACGCUUUCUAAUCCCGCCCCCUCUUCUUCUUUUUCCUCUUCUUCCUCCCGCACCACCGCCGCCUCCACCGUCCGCGACGCCGUCCUCGCCCGCGCCGCCCGCUGCGCCGCGGCGCUGGAUUGCCCCCGCCUGUGGAUCGACCGCGAGUGCGUGCCGCAGGGGGGCGGUGCCGAUUUGACGACGACGACGACGACGACGACGACGACGCAGCAGCAGCAGCAGCAGCAGCAGCAGUUGACGUCGGAGCAAGAGCAGGAAAAGGAGCGGGCGCUGCACUCGAUGGACCUGGUGUACCGGCUGAGCGCGCACCCGGUGGCGCUGCUGUUCGCGGGGGCGAUCGGGACGGAGCGGGAUCUGGAGCUGUUUGAGCGGGUGAUGAUGCGGAAGCUGCUGAGAGCGAAAGGCAGCGGCAAGGGGGCGGACGAGUUGAAGGGCAGCGUGGACGCGGCGACGGCGCGGGGCGCGCUGGGGGUGCUGCGGGCCGUCACGGCGGAUCCGUGGUGGGAGCGGGCGUGGACGUUUCAGGAGGACCACUGCGCCGGGGCGCGGAUGAGCUUGCUGAUUCCGGUGGCGGAGGGGGCCGGGUGGAGGCCGCGGAGGCGGUACGAGCGCUUCUGGCGGACGGGCGACGUGCCCGGCGAGCUGAUGGUCAGCUCCGUCGAGUUCCACAAGGCGGCGACGCGCUUCUGCUUGGCGUACUCGAGGAGCGGGUUCGUGGCCGGCGCGGAGGAGAGGGAGGCGUGUCGCGAGGUGGUGCGCAAGGCGGGCCGGUAUUCGUACACCAUCUUAUAUGAUGGCGCGGUUGCCGCCGCCGCCGCCGCCGCCGCCGCCGCCGGCGCGACGAUGGACUACUCUCGGUCCAUGACGACGAGGAUUCUCGAGGACAUUGCGCAUCGGAACGCUAGGUUUCGUGCGGAUUUGCUGCCGAUCGCGUCGAACUGCUGCCAGUACGGCGUCCGGCUGGACACCAACCGGUUGAGCAAAGCGGACGUCAGUCUCGCGGCUUGCAUCCUUGCGCUGUGGCUGCUCAACGGCGAGAUCUACAAAAGUCGCGUUCGGGCGACGCUGGCCGAGUUGGAGGCCAUGAACAUCUUCGAAUACUUGAAGGCCAUAUCGCUGGACAGCUUCUCCCCGCCGCUGCAGAAGGGCCAGCUCACGUUCCUGAAGUCAUGCCGCUUCGUCGAUGUACGGCUCUCAGAGAAUGGAGUCCUGACAAGCGGCUGGCUGUGGAAGCUGGACCGGCAAGUUUCCACAAAGGACCCCAAGUUUCGCGGACCGGAUCCGUUCCGAGCCCUCGGUGUUGAGCUGCGACGUCUGGGCUUUGAGGAGCUGGCAGGAUUGCUGGAAUCCAAUGGAUACUUCCGCCAUGUCAAAGAGCACGAGGAGGACGAGAGGACUGGAUGUGAUUCACCUGCAGACACUUAUCUACGCAUGACGGCGCAAAACCUGGGCCGCAGCAUCGUCAAAGGCCACACGCUGUUCCUUGGGCGCUUGUGGGAUGGGCAGCGCGACGACGACAAGCAAACAUCGGAGCCGUAUACGGCCAUUUUCAUCGGCGGACGCGAGGUGCAAGAACGAGAUGGAUCUGUCGCCAGCACCAAGAGCUCGGGGCGAGGGGCCUCUUGUGCAAGAGAAAGCUGCUCAGAAUCUCCUGCAAUGCCACCCUUAACGCAGGAGACUGUGCCCAGCCCAUCACUACCAGCCGUUGCCUUCACGGCGUGGAGCGGGAGAUCUCAAGACGACGAUCGAAACAUUGAAGAGAGUCAGAUCGACAAGUAUGUCUCGUUGGCAGUCGAAGUAGACGAGGAGAGGGCCAACGGCAUCCCGGUACUACGCACUAAUCGCUGGCUCAACGGACUCUGCUUCUUCAGCCGGGAAGCAGAAAUGGACGUUACGUUUGCGUGGCCACCGGGGUUGCAGAACGUGAUCUGA